AUGGCGCUGCCCGUGUUGAGAGCUUGUUACAGGGCUCCGUUCACAUGCAGCUUCACCCGGCUAUUUCUAAAAGAACGUGUCAUCCUGAACCGGUCCGUUAAAUCGCGGCUGCCUCCUCCUCCGGCCGCCGGUGUCCGCCCCUACAGCUCGGACCGGGGCGGUGACAAACAGAACAAGAAGGUGGUGGUGCUCGGGAUCCCGAACCCCUUCAUCUGGUUCCGCACCCGGAUCUACUACUUCCUGAUCAGGGUUUACUUCGACAAAGAGUUCAGCAUUGAGGAGUUCAGUGAGGGAGCGAAGCAGGCGUUCUGCCAUGUGUCCAGACUCCUGUCCCAGUGUCGCUUUGAGGCCCUGGAGGGGCUGGUGGCCGAAGACUUGGUCGGAAAGCUCGAGGAAAAGUGCAAACUGCUGCCACUGAGCCACAAGAAGGCCCUCUCUGCAGAUCCUGAUGAGAUCAUGUACACAACACCCGGAGACGUGGGAAUCCUCUAUGAUGAGAAUGGGAAGAAGUUUGUCAGUAUUCUAAUGCGUUUCUGGUAUCUGACGAGCGCGCACAUUCCUGACGACGCCAUGGAGGGAACUCGUAUCUUCCAGGUGGCCAUUGGUGGAGAGGGAGAAAAGGAAACGAAAAGACUGCUCACUGCAAAUUACGAAUUCCAGAGGGAGUUUACUAAGGGAGUGCCAGCAGACUGGACCAUUACGAGGAUAGAGCACUCCAAGCUUCUGGACUGAGCUGGUUUUGAUUUGAGGCUGAUGCGACAGUGGAAACUAUUCAAAGACAUGAAAUUCUCUUGAGUAUUUGGUUCAUGAUCUGAGGACAGAACUGGUCAGGAUUAAAGUCCAGGGCUACUCAGGCCGUUUUUUAAUGCUUUCGAUUUACCAUGCCAUCGUGUGGUAUUUUUUGUUUCAGCAGACACCUAUUUUCACACUUUGACAUAGCAUAUUAACAUAUGUUCUCCAUAUAUGAACAGAAAUAUGUUAAUAUUGGACCCCAAAAACACAAGAAACAUGAUCAGGAACAUUUUUGUUUAAUUGCUAUAGAAACUCAAAACAUGCUCAAUUCCAAAAUGUAAAUAGUACAGGUUGCAAAUGUGAAGAUGCAAUGGUCAAGCUGAUUUACACCUAUUAGAAAUAGCAGGUGUAAUAAUAGGCUUUAUUUUCUGUUUAGUUUUUGAUUCAAGCAGUUGAAGAGAAUCCUGUUUAAAUUGAUUUUUGUCAGGAUUAAAAACUCUAAACUGA